AAUCGAUCGAAUCCGAAAUCGAGGCGUCGAAUCCGCUUACUGGGUACUUGAGAUCAUCCCGUCGCGUCGUGUAGUUUAACAAAUUGUUUAACGAUUGAUCGUUCUUUUUACGUUAAAUCCAAUGUUAUUGUCUGAACACUAUUUACUAACAUAGAAUGGAAUGGUCACGAGAGAAAACAUUGAGAUUGAUUGGUUUGCUUCAAUUAAAUGCCGCACUGUGGAAUCCCUCGCUCUGUGAUACGAGACGUGAGAAACAGAAGCGCAAACAAGAACUACGCGCUAUUGCCGCUGUGUUUGGAAUAUCGGCGUUUGAUGUGACGAAGAAAAUACAACACCUUCGCACUCAGUAUAACAGAGAAUUGGCAAGGGAAGCUAUUGUUCAUGCUGAAGAUCCCAAUGAUAGAUACGUCACUAAUUGGUAUGCUUACGAUUAUUUACACUUUUUAAAGGACUCAAAUAAGCCCUACAGAGUCGUACAAUCGGAUGAACUAUCAGAAGCAAAUAGCACAGUUCAAACUAACAAUGAGUCAACAUUAGGGGAAUGUAAGCUAGACAAUUUGUCUCCGCCAACAAAAAUAGCAAGAACCGAUAACCAUGACUACAAAGCAGAUUUACUGAUCCCUGACAAAAGAGAUGAAUUCUCUGUUUUUGGAGAAUACAUAGCAAAUGAAUUGAGGUCUUUAAAAGGUGAAAAGAACUUAUUAGUAGCUAAGAAAAAGAUUCAAGAUGUCAUAUUUGAGGUCAAAAUGAAUAUGUUCAGUGAACCGAGAGAGCAGCCGUGCCUAUACACACCAGGAUCGCAGGCCGCUACAACAAGUAUGACCACAGAGAAAAUAUAUACAACUCCUGUGAUAAGUAAUUUAAGUACUAUAACAUCACAGGCUCCACCUACCUCAGCAAUCAAUGAGAUUAUUAUUAGUGGUGCAUGUCACUAUUCUACAUUUAAGGUUGACGAACAAUAGCAUUGUCAACCACUUCCCAGUGUGGAAGUGGACAAAAGUGAUGAAUAUGGAAUGAGACAGUGAAUUAUAUUGUAAAAGAACUAAACUUUUGUAAAGUGCAAAUAACUAUAACGAUUGUAUUGUAUGUGUGAUUGGACAAUAUUAUAGUGAAUAUUUGUAAAUAUUAAUGUAGAUACUAUAUAAUAUGUACUAGACCUAACAGACAUAACUAUAUUAAGUUAGUUAUAAAUAUUGUGCCAUAAACUACCUUGUAUAAGAUUAUGUUGUUAUAAAUAAUUGUAUUUGUAUUAUUUUGUUGUUUCAUACAUUAUGUGUAAGUUACAAUACGACUUCAUACUCUUAUGUAUAACAAAAUAAAUUAUGUUUUAUUUGUUAA